UUCUAUUUCGUACCAAAAAUUAGCUUAUUUCCCUCUUUCCUUUUCCCUCGUCAUUUUUCACUCUCCCUCCAUUUCAUUUCACAAAACGAAAACCCUAAUCUGAUUCUUCCUCUCUCUCUUCCGAUUCUUCCUCUCACCGUCGCAGGCGUCACCACCGUAAUCGCCGAGACCGCGACAAGGACUCCGUUAAGAACCGAAAAAAAACCAAGUCUCACUCCCACACCAAACGACGUCGCAAGCAUCAUCGCUAGUCUUCCGAUUCUGAUUCAUAUUCUUCAUCCCCCUCUCUGAUUACUCCAGGUAAAUGAUUCUUGGAUUCGUAUUUAUGUGUGACAACUUCAGACAUUUCAAGUUCCGUCUUUUUUGAGAAGAAAAGCCAACCCUAAAAAUGUUGUUUCCAUCAUACUGGGAGGAGGUUCUGGUGUUCAACUUUUUCCUCUUACCAAACGAGCUGCUACACCAGCUGUUCCUGUUGGUGGAUGCUACAGGCUUAUAGACAUUCCAAUGAGCAACUGCAUCAACAGCGGGAUCAACAAAGUAUUUGUAUUGACACAGUUCAACUCAGCAUCCCUUAACCGUCAUAUCUCUCGCACCUAUUUUGGAAAUGGCAUCAACUUUGGAGAUGGAUACGUAGAGGUACUUGAUGUUGAGUUUCACAACGUGAAAGCUUUGUAUAGACGAGCGCAGGCAUAUAUAGAGACGGGAGACUUUCUUUUAGCAGAUGUAGACAUCAAGAAUGCUCUUGAGGUGGAUCCACAAAACAGGGAGGUAAAGACGCUGAAAACAAAAGUGAAGCAACUUCAAGCUGAUAGUGACAAAAAAGAUGCCAAACUGUAUGAAAAUAUGUUCGCUCAUAAACCGAAGAGAUUGAAGGUUGAGAAAGAAGAGGAUGAAGUGGUGAAAACGGAAAUGGACAAUGUUGGUGACAGUGCAGCUCCUUCUAAUGGUGGUUUAAUUAUUGAUUCUUGUUGAAUCUGGAUAGUUUAUUUACAAUAUAAUGACGCAUCUAACAAAAGAAAGUAUAUACAAUAUGUAGCAGAUGGUAGCUGCAUAUAAAAUUUCAGAUGAAAGUUUACAUGGUCACACAGAAGACAUUUAUACCAAUAAUGGUAUUUGAAAGAUUCCACUCUAGCCAAAAUAUGAGUCCUAGGCUAUAGAAUUUUGGCCAGAUGGGAGACUGAAAAUCCAUUGCGUCUUAGCUGUCUUUAAGAAUGUGCAAGACGGAUUCAGGUCCACCUUAACAUCGUGGACAACUACUAUCAUCUGUCAUAGUGCAUUUGAAAGUGAAGUUGACAGCACAUGAUAAGCUCUUGAACAAGUUUAGGCACGGGGAGGCUCUAGUGUGUGUGUUGGAAGGUAAGAAUCCUGGCUAUGUGGUUGCGGUGAUGGAGGAAUUGGUGUCUAGGAAGAAACUUUUGAGGUGUGUUUCUGAUUUGGAUUUGGUGAACCUGGAACUGCUUUUGGCUUUCUUGCAUAAGUAUUGUACUGUGCCUAAGUAUUCUAGGUUGUUAUUGGGAUUGGCCAAUAAGGUUGUUGAAAUGAGGGCUGAUGAUAUUAGGGCUUCUGAAGUUCUCAAGCAACAUAUAAGAAAUCUCAAGAGCACUGUCGAGGCGGAGAUACGGAUUCAACAGUCUUUGCAAGAGAUACAAGGGAUAAUUUCUCCUUUGUUGAGGAUUGCUGGAAGAAGAUGAAAUUUUGGCCUUUUGUCCUCAUCUAUGACGUGUUUUUGUUCACUUGUUCUGUUAUAUUUUAGUCUAUUAUUAAGUUUUUCCAGAAUUUUUCAUGUGCCUUGUAAAGCACCUUUAAGUGUUAUGGCUUAUUAUUGGGUUAUUCUCUACUGUUUUGUAUGAAAGGAAAGGAAAAUCAUUAUGACACUCUUCUCUGCCUAUAUGAAAUUGUAUUCUAUUCCUAGUAUGAAAUUGGAUAACCAAAUUGUGUCA